CGCCGUCUUUCACUAGAAACGAACGACCUGCUUCGCACUCGCGCACGACCGACAGGAAUCGAGCCUCCCAGGAAGGCAGGAAACGCAGGCUAGGGUUGGCCGCCGCCCGCCGCCCGCGCCGGCGAACCUCCACCCUCCGCCCAGGCUUUUGAGGGAUUCUAGCUGCAGAAGAAACCUGGUGGGUGAUAUGAGCGGCGAGGCAGGCAAUAGGAAGGAGGAAGCCAGGAAGACAGGUUUGGAGGGCACCGGACUGCCCCUUCCAGGUGGCUCCCAUGGCAGCGUGCGAUGCGCUGGCAGCGACCCGCAGUUGAGACACAUGCUUGAUUCCCUCAAAUCCUCCAAGGCUUCUGCUGUGAUCAACUAUGGGGCCUCAUGGUGCGGUGUUUGCAAUCAGAUUCUUCCACCCUUCUGCAAAUUCAGCAACGAAUUCAAGAAUCUUACUUUCGUCUAUGCCCAUGUUGAUGAGUGCCCUGAAACAACUCAGAACAUACGAUACACUCCGACCUUCCAUUUCUACCGGGAUGGAGAAAGGGUAGAUGAGAUGUUUGGUGCAGGGGAAGAGAGGCUACGGGAUCGGUUGUGGUUGCAUUCGUGAUUUCUAGGCUUUGGCUUGCAGUGAUGCUGUUUUCAUGUACUUAGUUAUGCACUGUACCUCGGAUUUAUCCUUUUCUGAAAAGUCUUGUUUGACGUGGAAAGGAAGGGCAAUGUUAAACUGAUCAGCGUGUUGCUAGUUUCUCUCCCAGGCAGGCGCCAUUAUUUUUCAUGAUUUA